AUGGACCGCCGCCGCACCCCAGGCCUCUCCUCACUCUCCUCACGCGGCCUCCAAAACCACCACUACACCAACCACGGCGCCACGCUCCGCACCCGCAAUGCCGACUCCCUCUCGACCCAACUCUCCGUCUUCCAAUCCCUCCUCCACUCCUUCGCAAUCACCCACUCCAAGGACAUACGCGCAAACCCCGCCUUCCGCGCUGAAUUUGCCCGCAUGUGCUCCGCCCUAAACAUCGACUUCCUCGCCUCGUCCUACCACCGCGACAGCACCGCCUCCAAAGACGGUAGCAGUAACAACGGCAAGACAGGCGGGACGGGAGAAAGCAUAUGGACCCAGCUCCUCGGCGGUAGCGUAAACGACUUCUACUUCAACCUCGGUGUCCUCAUCGUAGAAGAAUGCCGGGCCACACGCGCCGAGAACGGCGGGUUAAUAAGCGUCUCGGAUCUACAAUCCCGCAUCUCAAAAUCCACGCGUAUAGGCGGUAGCAUGGAGGUCAGCGACGACGAUAUAAAACGGGCUGUUGACUCGCUGGCGCCGCUGGGCUCCUGCUUUUCCAUCAUGACGAUUGGGCAUCGUAGCUUGAUACGAAGUGUGCCAAAGGAACUGAAUACAGACCAGAGUACAGUGCUGGAGGCGAUCCAGGUGCUGGGCUAUGUGACGGUGAGUAUGUUGCAGUUGAAUCUCGGGUGGGAGAGGCCGAGGGCACAUGCGGUUGUGGAGGAUUUGAUGGCGGAUAGUCUUGUGUGGGUGGAUACCCAGGCGGGGGAGAAUGAGUAUUGGAGUCCGGCGUUUUUGACGGCCGUGGGGACGGGCGAGGGAAAGACCGUGUAG